ACCUGAAGUUUGUCCGUUCGGCAUGCGCGUCGCAGCUCCAGUGGCUACUGCGUGCUGAUCCCCCAGCCUUCCCCCUCUUCUCCGCCAUUUUCACUCCGGCGGCCUGUGAUCUCCACCGCGACUUCUUCCACACCUGCAGUGAGGCCGUGUCCAUUGAAGCCGGAGAAACUGCUCUGCUUUGAUUGCUUAACGGGCGGGAGCCAUGGCUUCCUUGUUUAAGGACCCUAAUAAGCUUUCAGCUUACCGGGAUAGAAGAUUUCCCGGGACACAAGAGGAAUUUGAGCAGGCUUUACUCUCUUCGAUGACUGUUUAUGUCGGGAAUAUGUCUUUCUACACUACUGAAGAGCAAGUUUAUGAGCUAUUCUCUCGGGCUGGAGAAAUCAAGAAGAUCAUCAUGGGGCUAGAUAAGAAUACCAAAACGCCUUGUGGCUUUUGUUUUGUUCUGUAUUACUCCAGAGAAGAUGCAGAGGAUGCCGUCAAGUAUGUUAGUGGAACAAUUCUGGAUGAUCGCCCCAUACGUGUGGAUUUUGACUGGGGAUUCCAAGAAGGAAGACAAUGGGGACGUGGUCGAAGUGGUGGACAGGUACGGGAUGAAUACCGUACAGACUAUGAUCCAGGAAGAGGUGGCUAUGGAAAAUUGGUCCAAAAAGAACUUGAAGCACAACGGCAGCUUGUGGAUUACGGUGCUGGGUCAUUGGGGUCUUUCCCACCAGUUAUACCACCUUCCUAUGGAAGACAAGGAGGAGGCCAAGGAUAUGGGGGUUCUUACCGGCAUGGAAGAGGAGAUUAUCCUCGGAAACGGUACCGUGAUGAUGACCGCCGCAUGCAUGAGUCUUCAAAGAGAACAUCAGACCAUGAAUCCAGGAGAAACUCAGAUCCCGACUCGAGACCGGAAAAGAAUCCUCGGUUCCGUGAAAGUGGGGAUUCCGAUGAUGAGGAGGAAGAUGAAACCAAGCAACAUUCGUGAGCGUAAUUGUUGUAGCGUACGUGGUGCGGUGAUGUUUGUGCUUGUCACAGGAGCAAAGACAGAUGAUGCUAAUUUUCUGUGGAACAGAAUAUCUUCUAUUUUGAUGAUUUGGAAAUGUUUUAGGUAUCAUCAUUGUAUUUGUUGCUAGUUUUCCUUGUUCUAUUCUCUGAAAACGAAAAGAGGAAAACAUGCAUCUUACUGAGAAGAUGAUAUAGAUUAUCGCAAACAUGAAA